AUAUGGCGGCGGGCGGAAAUCCUGCUGUUUAGACAUGGUAGCGCCCGUUAUGUGACAGCGUGAGGAUGGCAGUGGAAGUGCGGUUACCGGUGGCUCGUAAGCGGCUGAGCGAGACGGUGGUACCAGAUGGCAGCCGGCACUUGGUGUCACCCGGAGAUACGAUCACAACGGACACCGGGUUUAUGAGAGGCCAUGGAACUUACAUGGAGGAAGAGAAACUCAUAGCUUCUGUGGCCGGUGUGGUUGAGAGAGUCAACAAACUGAUAUGUGUCAGAGCUAUAAAGACCAGAUACAAUGGAGAAGUUGGUGAUAUUGUUGUGGGUCGAGUAACAGAGGUCCAGCAGAAGAGGUGGAAAGUAGAUACAAACUCCAGACUAGAUUCUGUUUUGCUGCUUUCUGCUGUAAACCUUCCUGGCGGGGAGCUGAGGAGAAGGUCAGCAGAAGAUGAGUUGGCAAUGAGGAGUUACCUACAGGAAGGAGAUCUCAUCAGCGCCGAAGUCCAGGCUGUGUACUCGGAUGGAGCAUUAUCCAUGCAUACAAGAAGUCUUAAAUAUGGCAAGCUUGGUCAAGGAGUCUUGGUUCAGGUGUCGCCAUCUUUGAUAAAGAGACGUAAGACGCAUUUCCAUAAUCUUCCUUGUGGGGCCUCAAUUAUCCUUGGGAAUAAUGGUUUUAUCUGGCUGUACCCAACCCCUGAGCAGACAGAGGAGGAGGCAGGAGGAUUUGUCACCAACCUGGAGCCAAUAUCUAUUACUGACCGUGAAGUAAUUUCCCGCCUGAGGAACUGCAUCUUGGCCCUGUCUACUCAGAAGAUGUUGUUGUACGACACUAGCAUUCUGUACUGCUAUGAAGCCUCUCUGCCUCACCAGAUCAAAGACAUUCUGAAGAUUGAGGUUAUGGAAGAGAUUGUGCUGGAGACCCGGCACCGUCUGAUGGAACAAGAAGGAUGAAUGGGCCCUGAGUCUUCAUUUCCAUGUUACUUUUUCCUUUAUGGAUUUUUCUAUCAGUCUACCAUCUCAUUACUAGAGACACGGUCAGAAGCUCGGACAUGGAGAAGAAAUCUCAUCUGAAGAAGAUAAUGACCAUUGUUUACAUUCUUGGAUUCAUUAUUUUUGUAUUUUUAAUGCUGCAUCUCUGAGCAGUUUUGAUAUUUCAAGCAAUAUCAGUUUACUUCGAUUUUUCUUUUUUUUAUGAUUUACAAUGUUGUUGAUUCUAGAAAAUUAAAAUUUAUAUUUUUAGUCUUGAAUAAAGUUUGUCUGAAGCAACUUGUAAUAGAAAA